AAGUCGUGUCUGGUGUGUCAGAGCUCUUACUGUGAAACUCACCUGGAGUCUCAUUUGAGAGUGUCAGGAUUACAGAAACACAAACUGAUUGAUCCUGUGAAGAAUCUGCAGGAUUAUAUAUGUCAGAAACAUGACAGACCUCUGGGACUUUUCUGUAGAGAUGAUCAGACAUGUGUGUGUGAUCUGCACUGUGACGGAUCACAAGAACCACAACACUGUUCCUAUAAGAGAGUCUGAGCUGCAGGAGAUGAUGGAGGAGAAGCAAAGAGCAACAGAGAAACAUGAUGAUGUCAUUAAAGAUCUGGACCAGGAGAUCACUGAACUGAAGAAGAGAAACAUUGAGCUGCAGAUGAUAGCAGAGAAUCAGAGAGCAGCAGAGACACAAGAUAAAAGUCUUAUUAAAGAUCUGAAGAAGGAAAUUACUGAACUAAGGAUGAGAAACAUUGAGCUGGAGAUGAAGAUUGAAAUGCAGAAAGCAUCCGAAGACAGGUAUGAAGGUGUCAUUAAACAUAUGAAUCAGGAGAUCAAAGAGCUUAGGAAGACAAACGUUGAGCUAAUGGAGAUGAUGGAGGAGAAGCAGAGAGAUGAAGAUCUCAUUAAAGAUCUCUAUGAGGAAAUUGCUGUACUGAAGAGAAGAAACCAUGAUUUGGCGAUGAUAGCAGAGGAGCAGAGAGCAACAGAGACACAAAAUAAACAUCUUAUUAAAGAACUGGAGCAAAACAUCAAACGGAGAAACAAUGACUUGGAGAUGACAAAGAAAAACUGGAGAGCAGCAGAAAAAAUGGAUAAAGAUGUUAUUAAAAAUCUGCAAAGCAAAAUCACUCAGCUGAAUAUGAAAGACACUGAGUUGAAGAUGCUGAAACAGAAGCAGAUAACAGAAAAGAGACAGUAUGAAAAUGUCAUUACAGUUAGAGAUCAGGAGAUGACUGAGCUGAAGAAGAAAAACAUUGCGCAACAGCAGAAGAUCUCACACACUGAAAAUUGUAUUCGCAUGCUACAGGUCAAGUCUCUGAUCACUCAUACAGGGUCUUUCAUAUCUGAGAAGACUUCAAUGAGUUAUAUUAAUAUUUGCAUUUAUAUUUUAACAAACUUAAAUUUACUGAACUUUGGUUGCUUUUUUUGGUCAACGCCUGCCCAAGAGGUCAUAUGACUGACAGAUAAAGCAACCAAUCAUGUUUUGUUUUGUGCCACGUCAUGUUUAGAGGCAUGAAAAUGUCCCCACAGUAACAGACCGAUGGACAUUCACGAACGUAUCUACUACUAAGUUAACAGCAACAACGUUUAUGAGUCAUGCUGUGAACUGUGUAUUUUUAAGUAAUUAUCGUUUAGUCAAGCGUAAUGAAUGCUUAUUGCAACCCAUGUAAACACAACAGCUUACUACCUCGAUCAGAAGCCUUCAUGUUCUUUCUAGUCGGACCGCUAAAGAAUGUGACACACACGUCUCCUGGAAAUCCUAUAAAAUUCAACCAAUCAGAUGAUGUCUUUUAAACUGAAAUUUUUCCAAAUGUGCCUUAGACCAUGUUCAGACUUGACUUCCUUUUUGAAGCUGCUAGCGUCUGUUUUACAAUAUAAUCCUAUGGAGUAAACCGUAUUUUAAAAAAACGUCCUGAGCGUUUUUUUAAACGCCAGCCCCGGCGUCUUUCUCUGUAGCUAAAAGCGUCUUUUGAGGUUGAAAAAAGUUCAACUUUUCUGAAA